GUGAAAAGUGUCGGUUCAGUAAUCAAUAAGUAAUAUUUUGUUUACGUUCUCUUUGUUGUUUAAGACAAAAUGAAAUUUUAAAUAAUUUUGUUCAGCCGUAAGAAUAAAAUAUGAAAUUAUACAAAUUAUAUACACACACAAAAUCCUAUAAGGAUGCUGAUCUAUUGGUAAAUAAUAAAGAACAUCCCGAUGCUAAGGCCGGCGACAUUGUUGAGGUCUACCAUCGCGAGGAUGAGGAAAAUACAAGAUUAGUUUUGCAAAUAACAACAUUUACCGAUCUCAAACAUCGCGAUGCCAUCAGUAUAGAGAGUGGUGUAGCGGCCCAAUUUAAAUUGCGAACAUUUACCGAUGUGGUUAUGAGAGUGGUUGAUGUAGCCGAUGUUGCAUUAGAUUCCAUCGAAAUAACAUUUAAAGAUCAAUAUAUGGGUCGGUCGGAAAUGUGGCGUCUAAAAAAAUACUUGACCAACACAUGCGUUUACGUAAAUAAAAAGAUUGAUUACAAUGACAUGCAAAUACGUUGUCAGGUGUACGAGAUGUGGUCACAGGGAGAACGUGUCUCAUGCGGUGUCAUUACAGAAGAUACGAAAAUUGUGUUUCGCAGCAGUACAUCAAUGGUUUAUUUAUUCCUUCAAAUGUCUUCGGAAAUGUGGGAUUUCGAUAUACAUGGCGAUUUGUACUUCGAAAAGGCUGUAAAUGGAUUUCUCACCGAAUUAUUUCACAAAUGGAAGAAACUCGGAUGUAAUCAUGAAGUUACCAUAGUCUUGUUUUCUCGCACGUUCUAUGCCGCCAAGUCAUUGGAAGAAUUUCCAGAACAUAUGCAAGAAUGCCUACAAAUGGACUAUAAAGGUCGUUUUUACGAGGAUUUUUAUAGAGUAGCAAUUCAAAAUGAACGGAAUGAUGACUGGUGUACCGUCUUGGGGCAAUUGAGAAAACUAUUCACUUCAUACCAGGCGACUGUAUUGAAUUAUCAUGCCAGAGAUGGCAUAAAAAUACCACCAGCCUACAAUUCAACAGCUGCUCAGGGAAACUUUCUGGAGGUUUUAAAUAUUUCCCUGAAUACAUUUGAAAAACAUUACCUAGAUCGUACCUUUGAUCGCACUGGACAGUUGUCAGUGGUAAUAACUCCGGGCGUUGGUGUCUUCGAGGUAGAUAGAGAGCUUACCAAUAUCACCAAACAAAGGAUUAUAGAUAAUGGUGUUGGUAGUGAUUUGGUAUGUGUGGGUGAACAACCUUUACACGCUGUUCCAUUACUGAAGUUCCACAACAAAGAUACUUCGGUGACAUCUGCCGAUGACUAUUCACUGCCGCAUUGGAUAAAUUUGAGUUUUUAUUCAACGAAUAAAAAAAUUGCAUAUUCAAAUUUUAUACCUCGAAUAAAACUACCGCCCAUGAUUUGUAAUGCCCCAACAAUAAUGGACAAUAACAGUGAUAAUGAAAAUAAUUUUCUUAGUUGUAACCAAUCGGAGUACAUUCAUAACUCAUUGUUUGAUUACGAGGCGUAUGAUGAGCAAAUUUUCCAGCCACCACCGGCUCAAGGAACGUGUUCAUUACAAAGGGUUGUAAGAGCCAAGAAAACUUCUGUCCCCAGCUUUGAAACCUACGCCUAUCAAAAUAAUGAUUGGGAGAAUUUUACACCAACAAAAAUACCCAGCCUUCGCAGAAAAAUGUCCGAUCCAGACAUUCAUCAUGGUACAUCUGGAAUACUUGCUGCUAUGACGGAUGUCACCAAUCUAUCGGAAUCUCUUGCUUCUGAAAAGAAUGCCAGACGUUCCAUAGUAUCUAUAGCACCCAUUGUGCGUCCUGGUCGUUCCUUAAUAAAUCCGUUUGACCCAUCACAUGUUACAAUAAAACUAACAUCAAAUCGUCGUCGUUGGACUCAUAUAUUUCCAAAGGGACCUACAGGUGUUCUCAUACAACAACAUCAUUACCAAGCGGUACCGGCGAAACAGAAUUGCAACAAUACCAUUAACAACAACGAGAACGAUUACUCAUCAUGCUACAAUUCCAUGGAAUAUGAUCAUACAUCAAAUUGUUCUACCUUAAGCCGGUCUUUCUCGAACAGCUUUAGUGGGGAUGGUGACAAAUUUGAAUCAUCAAGGAAACGAAACAAUUCCUUACUUAAUUCAUCGAGUUUUACACCGAACACAAAUGGUGCGGCCAUGCCAGCCAAAAGUUUCCUCUGGGGUGCCACCGGAGAACAGGAAUGGACGCCAGCUAUAACAACAGAGAAUGCUCGUAAAAAUUUGAAACCCAUUGUUGAGACAGAAACUUCAGUUGGAAAUGUAUACGAGUGUGAGACCGAUGGCAAAGGAAAAGUUAUUAUAGGAGUUGAUUGGAAGUCUCUUACAAUACCGGCAUGCCUGCCAAUAACCACAGACUAUUUUCCCGAUAAACGUUCAUUGCACAAUGAUUAUGUCAUUUCCGACUAUACCCUAUUGCCGGACGAUGUUAAUUUGGAUUAUGCCAAGAGUCGCGCCAUAUACCGAAAACCUCUGACAACAGAAGAAGUUUGUACAGAAAUUGUUUCGCAACGUUUAGCGCAAGGAUUUCAGUUAAUUGUAAUCGAAGAAAAGCCCAACAGUUCUCCGGCCCAAGCACCCUGCUGUGGAGGUUUGAAACAGCAGAAACCAACCUCAGUACUUCACAUGAAACCUGAAAAUGAAGAGACCAAAGAAUUUCUGCUAUCAAUCGGUCGUAUAUUUCAUAAAAUCACAUUAAAUGGAUCUGUUAUAACUGUGACUGGAUAUAGGCCAAGACACCCAUAUCCACCAAUUAAUGUCGAUUAUCGUUACCGUUUUCACGCUCCCCAACACGAAACCUAUGAAAUAUCUGGAGUAAAUUUUACUACGGAAAAGUUGGAAAAUUUCAAUUGGAAUUAUAUGGACCAUUACAUAUGUACCCGAGGCGAUACAGAUUAUCCCCUAAUGGAGAGUUUAAAAUAUUGGCGAUUCCGUAUGUAUUUGCUGCCAAAGGAAAACAAGGCCAUGAAUAAAAUCAUGGAACAAGGAUGCCAGUACUGCGAUGUGUUUACCGAACCAACGCCGGAAAGUGCAAAACAGCAGGUUGAAGAUUUCAUGCGCUUUAUGGAGGUUCACAUCAAUAAACUGAAGCGUCGGAAAGCUCGCGAUAGUCCUACCGCACAAAGUCAUCUAACAAGACGGCGCCACAGUACCAGCAUAAUUUCCAGACCUCCGCCUAAUCAGGGUCUUACAAAUUCUCCCUUUCGCGAAAGAGUUGGCAGUAAUCGUUUGCCCGAAAAACGACCAAGCAGCAUUCGUUCAACUGUGGUCAAGCCUGAACGUGUGGGAGGACGCAUUAUCCAUCCCGCUGCUGAUGCAGCAGCAGUUGCCUUAAAUGCAAUGGAUUCCAGUCAACAACAUGAUGACUACGAUGAAAAUUCCUCGACCGAAAUUAAAUUACGUCCCAAUGCUACAAUAAAUGAAAUUUUCGAAGUAAUGAAACAUCCCAUUCAUGGCGUUGCCUUUAUAUCUCAAACCCAAAGUCUGCCUUCGUACACAUUUGUGUCGUUCGAUGCUCUAGUUUGGUUAAAAACCAAUUUAGACAAUAGCCGAAAUCCCUUGGACAUACUUGAGAGUAUGAGAAAGGAAAAAAUGAUUUGUCAUGCAUCGGGGGAUUUUAAUAAGCCCGUCAUACCGGGCUUCUAUUUAUAUUAUAUUGCCCAACAGGACAAAAAUGCCAAAGACUACACCAAACCUCUCAACGAUUUAAGUGCUUUUGAGAAUGAGUGGAUGGAAAUUGAGCUGGCAGGCUGCAGUCAUUUGUGGACAGAUGAACCAAUCCUGCCUCGUAUACCGAAUUUCCUUAAAGACGUUCCUAAUCCCCAGUCAUGGACAGAAUCUUGUAAAAGUAAAAAAAUCUACCGACAUUCACAUUUGGAAAUUGAUGUGAAUCAAAAGAGCGAACGCAUGGAAUGGGGCCAUAUUAAGUAUCAUACAGUAAUGCAAACUGGUUUUGCAUUUGAAAUUGUGGUCCAGUGGGUAACGUCGUCUGGUCCCAUAGUAUGGGAUUUGACAAAUGGCUGGAUACGGAAAGCAAAUCAAUGCAACUUCCAACUGGUACCAGUCCCUGCCGAUCCAAUGGCUGAACCUUUUACCGAGAAAUCCGAUCCACUAAGGGGUCCAAUAUUUAUACCUUUGGCUACACAUGUUUUAAAUUCCGGUGAAGGUCUAUUUGAAGAAUUUCAUGAAGAAACUAGAGCAGAUCGUAUGCUACAAUUUCAAGAAACAAUAUUGUCACGUUUCGGAUUUCUACCCUGUGUGGUGGAAAGAAAAUUUUCAUUCAACAAAGAUGUUCCCAAGGAAUAUCAGUAUGUUCACUGUUCUGGAAAUAUGUUUGUUCUCAUACGUUGUUCAAAAAAUGCCAACUAUCAAAUGGAUUCACCAAGUCGUCAAGAAGCCAAUGUUACAAGAUGUGUUUAUGGCCAUACCAAUAACACCAAUGUUCCCAAAAAAAUUGGUUUCUUAUGGGCCUGGAAUCAUAUGAUACCAAAUAAGAAAUGGAAAUCCCUGGUUAUUAACAACUCCUCCGACGGUGAACUGUUUCAGCUGAAAAUGCUUAAAGACUUUCGGGAAUUUUGUUCAAAUGUCGAUGAUCGUUUGUUAAACUUUUGGAGAUCUUGUCAUGAACUGAAACGCCAGUCGUUAAGUAGUAUUGAAAAUAUUAACAAUAAUAACGUAGAAGGUAAAAACUAAGUUUUUUACGGUUAGUUAUAGAUAUUUGAUAUCCAAUUUGUCAAUGUUAUAUAUAUAUAUUUUUUAAAUGUUGAGUUUAUUUCUUAUUUUAAUAAACGUUGAAUAAUAA